AUGAAUUAAAUUAAAAAAAAUUAGCAUUUAUUAACUUUCAAUAGUUUGCUUACUUAUUUAAAUGAAAAUUACUCAUUUAAAACCAAACCCAGAGAGUUGGUGAUUAGCAAUAGAGAUGAGAAUAACAAUCAAAUAGAAUUAAUUAAUGGAUAUACAUAUAGUGAAGAGGCAAUUAUAGAUAUCACCAGAAGAUUAAAUCUUGCUCUUCCUAUUUUAUGUGAUCGGCAAAUCAAAAUGGUAUAAAGAGAGAUGAAUAUAAUAAUUCCGAAUUGCUGUAAAUUGGAGUUCAAAAUUGACCAAGUAACAAAAGGGAAUAUAGCUAAACCCUUUAAAACCUUAUAUAGCGAUAAAUUAAUACUUAAUCCAUUUUUUUGCGAUUUCCAGACUUAUAUAAGCAUAGCAAAUUAUUCGCAAUCAUCGUAUUAGGUUGAAAAUAGUAUUGAUGUUGAUGAAUAUUAUGUAAUUCUACUAUUAUGGAAAUUGAGAGAAUUAAUAAAUUAAAAAUUUCAAAACUAGGGAAAUUUUGAAAUAAUACUAUUUCCUUUGAUACAUUCUUUCUAAAUUUAUAAAAUUGAAAAUAAUAAAGAAUAAUUAUUCUCUGCUUCACUUACCAAAAUUCAAAAAUAAUCCAACAAAAUUAUUGAAGCAUUAAAUGCAAAGACAUUAAAAGAGCUGGAGAUAAGUCCUUUUGAAAUUUACUAAUCUGAUAUCCCCAUAAAGAAUGGUCAAUUAAUAGAUAAGAGAGUAAGGAAAAAUUUGAGUAUGAGAUAAAAAAUGAACAAAAAUUUGGUAGAUGAAUUAGAAGGAAAGUAUGGGAUAAAAGAUAAAAAUUUGUUUCAAAUCAUUUACAAGAACCCUAUUGAAAUGUAAAGCACUUUAUGUCUAACUGGUGAUUACCAGGAGGAUUUACAGCACAAAAUUUUAUUGAAACCAGAUUGCAAUCCAAAAUGUGUUUGUGGAAGAGAAAUCGACCCAGUGAGUUGGGAUACCGUGAAAAUAGAGUAGCGGUUAAAAGAGGCUCUUGAUUAAAUUCUUACAGUAAUAUAAAUGGAUAAAAAUUUGGAUUAUACAGUAUUUCUUAAUCCACUAUUCAUAGAAACUGAAAAGGACAAAUAUGAAAAUGAAUGGAUUAAGCUAUAUUUUAAGGAUAAAAAUAAUGAUAAAGUGAAAUUGGGAGAGCUAAUGAUAACAGCGAGGAUGUAUAACACAGAAUUAGAUAAGACUACAAAUAUGGGAGAUCAAGCGGACUUUUUUGGAGGAGUUGAUGAUGUUAAGGAGUAUCCAGAUUUUGAGAUAGACAAUGAUUGA